UUGUGAACAAUUAAUUUGUUGCUAAAAAGGAAUUUUGUGGUACAAAUCCAAUAUAAAAGUAUUAGUUUAUGGUGUAUAAAUGCCAAGGGAUAGCAUUUUUGUUGAUAAUUAUUGUGGGAGAGAAGUGCAGUGAGAGAGCGAGUAACGGCAUGCAAUUGUGAAUGAUUGUUUGUUAUUGUUUACAUUUUGAAAGGAGGCAUCCUCAGUAUAUAAGCUAAUCAGAAAUCCAGGAUUGUCCGGGCAGUGUAUCAAAUUUAAAGUGUUUACAUUUUGUUCUGCUACAAGUCAUGUCUGCCAGUAUCAAGCCCAGUUGAUAGCUAAUAUUGGGGAAAUGCAGGGAUAUGUUUAUAAAGGAAAAGUUGAUUGAAUUUCCGUGACGAAUUUAAUUUAAAUUUUCAGAAUAUGAACUAACGGCAUUGGAAAUCAUGCAGGACUGUGAUUGAACUUGUGUGCUCAUAUGUGCUCCAGCGUAAAUCAAAUAUUUUUUAAAUUAGGGGAGAUAUUAGUUGUCCCCCAAGAGUUUGCCAGAAGUACCUCCCUCCCUAUAGAGUCUUUGACAACGCAGAGUAUUUCCCCCACAACAAAAUGCCUGCCCAGCCAACCUGCCGUUUAUGUUUGGAAUAUUGUACUGAGGGCUAUUGCGACCUAUACAAUGAGGACUUCCAGGUUGAUUGUGAGACAACAGCAGCUACAGCGGCAAAUGAGGUUUUCGAUAUGGUCAGGAAGUACUUUCCAGAGGAUGUAUUAAAUAUGGAUUGCAAUAAAGAUCUCCGGAAAUUAUGUCUACAAUGCUGGCAUCAUAUAGAGGAAUUCCAUAAAUUUCAAGAAUCCAUAAUUUUGCUACAAAAUAUGAGAAUGAGUGGACAAGUUAUAGAAAUGGUAGACGUAAUAGAGGCCUAUGAGCCGGAGGUACCCAUUAAAUUUGAAGAGUUUAAUAUUUGUGAGCCAAAGAACACAAACGACAACACGGAACAGCCACAAGAAGAUGUGCAGAAUAUUGUGGAGGAGGAUGUAAAUGAGUUUGUUGUGGACACACGUCUCGACUCUGCUGAGGAAAAUGAAACCGACAAUUUUAUAACAGAAAUGACUGAAUCAGAAUACCACCUAGAGGCGAAUACGGAAAAUGUAAAUACCGAAGAUUUAGAUGAAUUAAUUUCAAAAUGGAAAUCAAAUCUGGAAUGUAUGGUUUGUGGUGAAAAUCACGAUAGGUUUUCAUUGCUGCGCAAACACUUCGAACAACAACAUCCCCUGGAAGAAUUCUGUAUAGUCUGCUGUGGCUUGGCACUGCAAAACAAUUUCGAAAUUGAGGGACACAUUUUGUAUCACAAGGCCUUAAACGAGUUUCGAUGUGACAUUUGUAUGAAACGUUUUGCCAAUCGAUCUUCCACAAAAAGGCAUUUCAAAACUAAACAUGCCAUGAAUUUGGCUGCUAAACAUGACACGAAUUUGGCUUCGCGAAAGCACAUUAAAAAGGAGAAGGAGAAAUUUAAACUUUAUAAAUGUAAGACGUGUGAUAAAUUGUUUUUGGAUAACAUGGCAGUUAGGGUGCACAACGAAACCGAACAUGGCGGCCAGCAAAGGGAAAUUAGUUGUAAAUUUUGUCACGGAACAUUUGCCGAAUAUGGAGAAUACCAAUUGCACUUGAAUCGGGAACAUCAGGAGGAGUGGCAGGCCCAAAGGAAUCAGGAGGCUAUUGAAAUGUUGCCGGAAAUACGGCGACAUAUGGCGGCAGGGGUUAAAUCGAAAUUCUCCAAGAUCCAAAAGCAGGCGAGACCCAUCAACGAUUCAUUGGCCAACUGUAAAUGUUGGAUCUGCGGCAAUGUUUAUCAUUCCCGGCGUUAUUUGCUGGCCCACAUUAGCCUACAUGAUGAGAACAAAGAGGCCAGGUAUUCCUGUCAAUACUGUUCGAAAAAAUAUCACCUACAAACAAGUCUCUCCUAUCACAUACGUCUCAAGCACGAACAACGUGACGCUGUUAAACCCCUGAAAUGUAAAAUUUGCCACAAGGUGUAUUACACCAAGAAAGCAAUGCGCGAACAUCAAAGCAAACACGAGGGCAGACCCUUAUUUUCUUGUAAAAUUUGUUCCAAAGAAUAUUUUCUAAGUUCCAGUUUGUCCAGUCACAUGAAAAGUUAUCAUUCGGGUGGGGUGAGAACCCGAAGAAGGGCAUCGAUAUACGAAGAGGCUAGACUAAAUUCAAGUGGCACGGUGGCAUCGUAUAAAUGCCAUAGCUGUGAUAAAGUCUAUCAAAGUAGACGAAGCCUCAGGGAACACGAAUCGAAACAUUCGGGCUACAAGGCCUACAGCUGUAACUUUUGUUCCCAACAAUUCUAUAUGCAAUCGUCCAUGUACACACACAUGAAAAAGCAGCACUACAGCCUGUAUCAAAGGAAACUCAAAUCGAAGCUUUCGAGAAGACCAAAAGAAAAGGUUACAACACCGAAAAAUCAAAGCCUGGAUGACUUGGUGAAAAGUUUGGAUAUUAUGGCUCAAGUGGAAAAUACUAAAUCACAUCAGCCACGAGAAGCCUGUAGUACCCUCAAAUACUUUGGUUUAAAAUGCCGAACCUGCAAUAAAAUCUAUCAGUCGAAACGUAGCCUACGUGAACAUGAGGCCAAACACAGCGGCAAAGAGCUGUACUCAUGUCAGUUUUGUGCAAAAAAGUUUUUCCUCAAAUCAACCAAAAGUUCACACAUCAAACGUCAUCAUCCUCAGGGAUGCAGGGCGGGCAAGGCAGGAGAAUCUGCGAUAUGUAAAAAUCAAGAACAAAAUUUUGCAAUAUAUUCCAUAAGCGAAGUAGGAGAGGGAGGAGAAGGAGAAGUAGAAGUCAGCCAAGCAGAAAAGCCCGGGGCCUUGGAAGAAACAAUUAUUUCAACGACUGAAACUACUUAUCUUAAAGACAAUGAAGAAGAUUCUUCUCUUACGGAUCCCCUAACCAGGGAACCCAAAAAUUUACUAUCUCUACUAACAACAAAUGAAACCCUAGCGAAUAAGAGAAAAUCACCAACGAGGAGCAGACGAAAUGUCAUCUCCCCCCUAGAUGAUCGACAAAAUUAUGCCUUCAAAUGUUUGAAAUGUGAUCGUCGAUAUCAAUCGAAACGUUCACUGCUCGCCCAUCAACAGGUCAUGCAUGAGGGCAAAAAAUCCUAUAGUUGUAAGUUUUGUUUCAAGAAAUUCGGCUUGGAGACCAGUAUGUAUAAUCAUUUGAGGAUACAACAUGCACAGGAGAGGUUGGCAGAGAAAAUAAACAAUGCGCAGAAUUUACUGGCGGGCGAAGAAACAGAUCAAACUUCAUUGAUUUGUAACAUCUUAGAUGAUUAUGCCAGCUAGAGGAGAUGCAAGGGUGUCGGACGUACAUCUUAAACAUUCCAAUGGCAGAAAUGGAAAAUAAAAAAUGGGAAAAACACUGGCAGCGAGAAAAGUGAUUCUCGGUCGCAUUUGAUAAUGCCCAAGGCAAUAAAAUCUGCGAUUCCCAAAGGGGAUGGGGAUGGCAAUUUUUGAUUUUCUAAGUAAAUUAAAAAAAAAUAUUUAUUAAAAAAUGGGAUUUAUUAUCAUUUCUUUAACUCUAUAAGAG